AUGAAGGCAUACAUUCUACUCAGCCUUGCUGCCUUUUGCGGCUCAGCUACCGCCUUUUGGGGACAACUGGCGGCUGGUAAUAUAAUGCAAAGCGAGGGUGGCGAAUAUCAAUUCAUCUACUUGACCGACUACAACACCGGAUCUAAGUAUGAAACCGAACUUCACGACGGCUUUAGUGGAUGCGUGUCGUCGAAAUGCACGGCUGGAUUCUACGAAACGACUCCUGGAGGUUAUAGCUUUAAUGCUCUGCUUUGGAGGUCUUCUGAUGGCUGCCAUCACAUCGAUUUCCAGGGAGCUCUUAGUUCACACAGUGGAUAUUGCUGCGGAUCUCUUCCUUGUGACAUUGGGGCCUAA